AACCAACGUUAAGAAGAAGGUGCGACAGGCUUAAAUGGAUGUAAGAAUGCACCAACAUCUAUUCAAUCAAUCUGAGCAAUAAAGCAUUUUUAUAGCUUGCUGGUAUUUUAGAUUAUCAAGUAAAUAUAAAGUGACAUAGCUAGUAAAAUCUGCAGCAGAUAAAUAUUGCUUGAUAUAAAAUGAGACUUUUCAUGUUGUUUGUCGUCGUUGUGAUAGUGCAUGAUGCAUCGUGCUGGUGGUUUUGGCGACGUAGAAGACGACGACCUCGACGACGUUAUUGUCGUACACCUGGUUCUUGGUCGAGCUGGAGUUCUUGUAAUCAUCAUUGUGGAAAUGCAGGAGUACAGAUACGAACUAGAAAAUUAACUUCCUCUAAAUGGAUUUACGGAAGCUGUCCACGUUAUAAUUUACGGCAAACAAGGCCAUGCAACAGAAAUAAUUGUCGCAAUGGAGGAAGACAAACCUAUGGACGUUGUAUUUGUUCAAGCUGUUACACAGGAACGUGCUGUGAAAAACCACGUCGAAGAAAUUGUUUAGUCAGUCCAUGGUCUCCAUGGAGUUCAUGUAAUCAUCGAUGUGGAAAUGCAGGUGUACAGACACGAACAAGAAGAAAGAUUAGACCAGAAAGUUGUGGCGGACAUUGUUAUGUUUUACUCCAAACAAGAGCAUGCAACAGAAAUAAGUGUCGCAAUGGAGGAAAACCAACCCAUGGUAGAUGUAUCUGUUUACGCUGUUCGUCAGGAACAUGUUGCAACAUUAAAGCACCUCCAAGAAAGUGUGUAGUGAGUCGAUGGUCCACGUGGAGCUCUUGUAAUCAUCGAUGUGGUAAUGCAGGUGUACAGAAACGAACAAGAUACAAGAUUAGACCAGAAAGUUGUGGCGGAAGUUGUCCAUACAAAUUAAAGGAUAAAAGAGCAUGCAACAGAUAUAAAUGUCGUAAUGGAGGAAGACCAACCUAUGGGCGUUGUAUUUGUUCAAGCUGUUACACAGGAACGUGCUGUGAAAAACCACGUCAAAGAAAUUGUGUAGUCAGUUCAUGGUCCAGCUGGAGUUCUUGUAAUCACAAAUGUGGAAAUGCAGGUGUACAGACACGAGCAAGAAGAAAGAUUGUGAAAGAAAUUUGUGGUGGACGAUGUCCAUACAGAUUACGCCAAAGAAGAUCAUGCAACAGAAAUAAAUGUCUCAGUAGAGGAUGGUCGUCAUACGGUAGAUGUAUCUGUUACAGUUGUUGGAGAGGAAAAUGUUGCAACAUUAAAGCACGUCGAAGAAAUUGUCUCGUCAGCAGUUGGACCAGUUGGAGCUCAUGUAAUCAUCAAUGUGGAAGUGCAGGUGUACAGACACGAACAAGAUACAAGACUAGAAAAGAAAGCUGUGGCGGAAGAUGUCCAUACAGUUUACGCAGAACAAGAGCAUGCAAUAGAAAUAAAUGUCGUAAUGGAGGAAGACCAACCUAUGGUAGAUGUAUCUGUAGAAGUGGUUGGAAAGGAAAAUGUUGUAACAUCAGAAUUGGAGUUUGUAAUCGUUCUCUUUGCAAAAAUGGUGGCUCAUGUCUUGUUGAUGGCAGAUCAUACAAAUGCAUUUGUCUUCCAGAUUUCAUUGGUGUUCACUGUGAAAAGGAGGUUGCAAAUCCCUGCAAGCCAAAUCCAUGCAAAAACGGUGGACAAUGCAACGUAUUGGGCAACAUUUACACCUGUAAAUGCAAGCCUAAGUUUGGUGGUUACAACUGUGAACAUUCUCAAACAACAUGUUAUGCAUCUGGUGAUCCUCAUUACACCUCAUUCGAUGGCAAAAGAUUUGAUUUUAUGGGAGAUUGCGAAUACGAGUUUGCAAAAGAUUGUGAAAAAAACAAACUUUUUACUGUCCUUACAAAGAAUGAGCGUUGUGGACGGCGUGUGACCUGUACAGCGGCUGUUAAGAUAAUUAUAGCGGGAUACUUCAUUCAGUUGACACGUCAGCGUGGUACAGCGAAUAUAAAUGGAGUUAGGUUGUCAAAAUUCCCAAUAGUCCGUCGUGGAUUCAAGAUCACCUAUCCCGGUAGGAGUUGGCUGAUUUUUACUGCGGAUAUCGGAAUGUCAGCAAGUUGGGACUUUCGGAGGGAAUUAAAGGUGACAGUUUCUGGAAAAUACAAAGGAAUGAUUUGCAACACAUCUUUAUGUGGCAACAACAAUGGUCGUAAAGGCGACGACCAUCACUACAGUAGAAAAUGUGCUCCACCACCAACACCAUGCAUCCCUGAUUUCAAAAAGAAAGCUGUGAUUGAUAAAUGUCACUUGAUGGCCGAUCGUUCUUCACCAUUCCAUGGUGCAUGUAACCGUUAUUUUGAUCCAGCCGCCUUGAUCAGUAAUUGUAAAUAUGACGCAUGUCGCUGCACAGAUCCAAUGAAAUGUGUUUGUAACGCUUUUGCUGCUUACAGUAAACUUUGUGUUGAAUAUGGUGGUCUUAUUGACUGGAGAUUUAAGGGAACUUACUUAUAUCCAAAACUCAAGGAAUGUGAACAAACAUGCAGUAACAAAGGAGAAAUUUUCACUGAAUGCGGAUCUGCUUGUGCAAAAACAUGUCGUGAUAUAUCACGUGGUCUAAACUGCAGUGAAACCUGCAUUCCCGGAUGUCAUUGUCCCAAAGGAUCUUACUUGGACGACAAGAAUCAUUGUGUUCCUAUGAAGAACUGCACAUGUUUCUUUGAAGGAAAGUAUUAUAAGGCCGGGGAAAAUGUCAAAGUUGGACGAUGUAAAACCUGUACGUGUAAUAUGGGAGCUAUGGCGUGUGUCGAAGAUCGAAACUGUUCUUCUAAAGGUCCUUGUGAGUCUUUCCCGUGUAAAAAUGAUGGUGUUUGUAUCGAGAAAGGAAAUAAUUUCACUUGUAAUUGUACGAAAGAAUAUCAAGGAAAAACUUGUGAAGAGUUAAAACCAACACCGUGUGACUCGCGUCCUUGUAAAAACAACGGUACUUGUACAAACAAGGGAGAAAAUUUCACAUGUGAAUGUGCUUCUGGUUUUGAAGGGAAAACUUGUGAAGUUUUGAACGCUUGUGCCAAAGAACCAUGUAAGAAUGACGGUGUUUGUUCAAGUAAUGGAUCUUCUUAUCGAUGUGAAUGUAAAUUUGGUUUCACUGGGAAGUAUUGCCAAGAUAUAGAUGCUUGUGCUAAAGAACCAUGUCAAAAUAAUGGUGCUUGUACAAGUGUUGGAUCCUCCUAUCAAUGCAACUGUACAUCUGGUUUCAAUGGAACGAAUUGUGAGGUUGUGAUGAAGUCACGUUAUAAAGUGUGCAAAAGUUACAAAUGGUUGAAACAGAGAAGCAGAAAUGUUAAAUAUGGGCAUGGUAAAAAGUUAAAAUGUGACAGACGUCUCUCAAAAGGAUGGUACAGAUUUGGUGGUGGAGCUGGAACAAAAAUGUCUGAAUCCUGCGUUCCAAAAAAUCGAUGUGGUACGCAUGCCCCUGGCUGGUUAAAUGGAACUCAUCCCACUGUGGAUGAAGGAAAUGUGACCAGAAAAGUCUGCUAUCAUUGGCGUAGUAAAUGUUGCUUAUGGUCAAAUGCUAUUAACGUCAUAAACUGCGGUCCAUAUUUUGUUUACAAUUUAAUCCCAACUUUUAGUUGCCAUUUAAGGUAUUGUGGCGCAGACUAAAACACAACAAUUGUGUGUGAUAUUUAGCUGUAGCUUGUUCUUAUUCUUCCAUAAAGCAUCAAUAAUAUGAUAUAUGGAUUUUUGUGAAACGUAAUUAUCUUUAGGAUUUUCAUAUUUUGUAUUUUGAUUAACUGUACGACAGACCAUUAAGCUUGUUUUAUAACAUUGUAUUUUUGUGGAGCUACUAAAGUUGAAAGGUGGCAAUCUAUGAGGAACGAGGCGGUUAAUGAAAUAAUGUAUUUAGUAUAGUCAAGCUAUGUUAAGGAAUGCGAAAGUUGAUAGUUUAAUGUAUUUAGUUAUGUUUUGCUACUAAUGCAUAAUUUGAAUGAGGUUCAUGAACUAAUGUAUAUGUUAUAGUCAUGCUAUAUUUUAAUAUAGGAUAGAAUUUGUCUCUCUGAAAGAAGUAUCAUAUGGAAAACGCAGCUUUUUGAAUUUAAAAUUUGAAUCUUUUUUA